CACAAAUAUUUACCUCAAAAGCAAAGAGCCGGCUAGGGUGGAUUAUAACUAUCGCGAGAGUGGGUCGGUGCCCCUCAUUGUGUAGUUUCUGUCUGGCUUUUUAUCCUGUGCGACUCUUUCCCUGCCUACAUUUAAGUCGACUUGGUGCAAGAUCAACUGCUAUCAUGGCCGUACAAAAUUUCCUACCCAAAGAAUUCGGUUACGUUAUCUUCACGUUCGUCUACAGCUGGUUUAUGUUGGCAUAUCUGGCGGUUAAAGUGGGACAGGCGAGGAAGAAAUACGACGUGCAGUAUCCCACCAUGUACAGUGACAAAAGCAAAAUAUUUAACUGUAUCCAGAGGGCUCAUCAGAACACACUGGAGAUUUAUCCUCAAUGGCUCAUCUUCCAGCUUAUAUCCGGAAUCACCUAUCCAGUUGCAGCAGCAGUUCUUGGGGCUAUUUGGGUUACAAGUCGGUUUUCGUAUGCCUGGGGAUACUACACUGGAGAUCCAUCAAAAAGAAUGUGGGGUGCCUAUGGAUACAUUGGCUUUUUUGGAGUUAUUCUCCUAUCAAUUGCAGCUGGUCUUCAAAUGCUACACAUAGUUUAAAUUUUCACCAUAUGCUUGCUCCAAUGCACUGGCAAGAGUAAUGAAUGUAGGUGAAGACAAGGAAGUACAGUAAACAAAUUAUGGGCAGAUCAAAAUCAACAUGGGAAACGUCAAAAUCAAACAAUUCCUGUAGCAUUUAGGAGUAUAUUGAAUUAUCAGGUGUCCAAUGCAUUUAACCUGUUUGCAGGAUAGUAAAAUGUACCCUUGAAAGAAUCAGGUGGGUACAGCAUUCCUUUUAUUAUGUUAAUGCAGACAGAAAAUAGACAACCAACACACAUAGCUUGAUGAAUAAUGUUUUUGGAUAGCAAUAUUAUAAAAUGUUAGAAAAAUAACAAUUUUCUUAACCACUUUUGUAUUUUUUUCUUGUUAUAAUUUAGAUAAUGUUGGAACAUAAAUUUGCUUAAAUAUAGUUUUUCAUAAAUGUUAUUUUAUCCCUGAAACCACUCAAUCCUUUAUGUAUGUAAUAUAUCAUAAUCUACAGUGGCACUGAAACAACCAAAAGGGAGGUGUGACUUGUAUGGACAUAUUUCUCUUAUCAUUGGUAUGAUUGUAUCUCUUAAUCUUGUUUUUCUAUUUUUAUUCAAUAAAACUCUUAAGCCUUUAUUAAACGAAAA